AUGCUCACCUCUACUAACAAAGCCACCAACGAGAACCCCAGAUUCUCAGCUCUACCUGGAGGAAUGGUCAACACUGCUAGACAAGCCCGUUCAAGAAACAACACUAAUGUAGUUUCGAUGGCCACGUCUUCCAUUAGAGGUCUCACCAGGAAGAUCACUAGACAAGAGGAAGAAUUAGACAUAUGUUUGCAACAUCAGUCAUUAACAGGAUUCACUUUAAAUAAUUUUUACGUUAAAAUAUCAUUGAUUACGACGACGGCGCGGAGGCUGGCAACGGGGCACGGUGAUUGGUCGGGCGUGGGGUCGGAGGCGUGUCGGCGGGGUGGGCGGGUGGGGCGGCGUGGUACCGCCCCGCUGGGCCUUGUAGUCGCGUGCUGGCAUCGCCGCUGUGGACUGUGUAGCUUCGAGUGCGUGUGUGGACUGUGCUUAAAACCAUCGUUCCCCCCUCCUGCCGCCGCCGCCGCCGCCUCGCUACCGCUACCACCACCACCACCACCACCACCAUCGUCCCCUUCAGCGUCCCCCCACACGCACAGGGGAGUGUGUGAGCAGCCCCAGAGGUCGUCAGAAUUGUGGUUACGUCCUCCCCUGUGUAUCAUGGCUCUUAUCACCGAGGUCCGCCCACACCUCUAUCACUACCCCGCCCUCAGUCAGAUGAACCGCCCGAUUCAAGUUAAACCCGCCGACAGUGAGAGUCGAGCAGCUUACCAAGAGAACAGCACAGAGGACAGGAAACUGUUCGUGGGCAUGCUAAGUAAGCAACAGACAGAAGAGGAUGUACGGCAGCUCUUCCAACCCUACGGGAACAUAGAGGAAUGCACCAUACUGAGAGGCCCGGAUGGCGCCAGUAAAGGUAGGAUUAAGGUCGAACCACCCAGCAGCAUGUGGGGUUAAAAAUGGAGCAGGAGG